AUAAAAUGAAAUGUAUAAAAAUGGUUUCAAAAUUUAGCUUUCCCUAAAACAGUGCUAUAAAACGACUGGAAGCCACAGCUGUUCAGUUAGUCACCGAAAUGUUGUUAUUGAGUAAGCUCCCCAGGAUAACACAAUUUCUGACGAAGGAUCCGAUAGACCAGCGGGGCAUCUGGGGCUAUGUGGCCAUCGCCUUCAACCAGGUGGAUGCGGAUCGGCUGGCAAAAGUGGGAGCAAACCGCCUGUGCGCCGAAUGGAUCAUUAAGAACGGAGGUGGAGUGCGUUUUGUGGACAGCCCCAGCAGGUUGUGGAAGGAUUACAACUCGCUGCCUGGAGAGAAUACUCAGUUCUGCCUGAAGGUAGUGGACGCCUCGAAUUCAUCGAUCAUGAAGAUAGGACUGGAGCACUUAAAGGGCUGCAAUAAUAUCGACACGGUAAUCUUUCACAACUGCAAGCACCUGGAGAACGAUGGAUUGGAGGGAUUGCAUCACAUCAGCAACUCCCUGGAGCGAUUGCAGGUCUCCGGCUGUUACAACAUCACCGAUUCUGGCCUCGCCGUGAUCGGGGAGCUCAAGAAUCUGAGACAACUGCUCAUAUUCGACAUGAUAUUCGUGAAGAACAUGGAGGCGGUGGCCGCCAAGCUGAAGAAGGACCUUCCAAGUUGCGACAUCAAGGCCACCAAGCUGGGCGUAACGCUAAAGCCCAAAAAAUAGUCUUUAAAUUGUGAUUUGUUCUGUUGUUUUCCUCUUAUUUUGUAAAUAGAAACGUUCUCGAUGUGUUUGAAAGGGUUAAAAUUGCACACUGGAGCAAAUUUAGCUUUUCUCAAACACAGCAAGAAAAUAUAUAGCAAUGCCUUAAAAA